AUGUCACGUUUUGCUACCGCCGUAUCAACCGGGCAAGCCUUAAAUGUGCCCAUGAACAAGGCUGGCUUUGUUUCCUUCAUCAAUGAUGGGAAGAAAGCCAUUGGCACAGGUAAUUUAAAUGGCUGCACCGCCAUUAUGAUCGUUUCGAAGAGAGGUGCAAUCCUAGCCCAUAUUUCCCCCCUACCAUAUCCGACAACGGAUGCCCAGGCUGCCAAAAAUCACACACGGGAGCAAAUGGGGAAGCUCCUCGAUAUACUGCGGAAUGAGAAGGACUUUCGUCUAGCUCCAGAUGUCAAAACCUCCGGCAUAGUGUGUGGCGUCUUCGAAGGCACUAUCGCUUUGCCAGAUCAGAAGAAUCUCAUUGAGGAUAUUCUUUUGGAGAACCUGGAGGACAAUCCAAUGCCCAGGGUUCUUAAAUAUAAUAUACAAGAGCCUGCUGCCAGGUCACCUGCUGCAGGCACGGUUUUUAUUGACGGAAGUGGCCCGGAACCGAAAGUGUAUUUAGAAGAUGUAGACCAGGGGUGGUUUUGA